CGAGCUGGAGCUGAGGGAGUGGGAUCCCGGGCCGGUCCGUCUCCUGUCCCCGGCAUGGCCCGGACCGUGGUCCUCAUCACCGGCUGCUCCUCGGGGAUCGGGCUCCACCUCGCCCUGCGCCUGGCGGCCCACCCGUCCCGAAGCUUCAAAGUGUACGCCGCCCUGCGGGACCCGGCGGCGCAGGGGCCGCUGUGGGAGGGGGCGAGGGCUCGGGGCUGCCCCCCCGGAUCCCUGCAGACCCUUCCGUUGGACGUCACCGACCCGGGCUCCGUGGCCGCCGCCAAGGCCGCCGUCAGCGAAGGACGCGUGGACGUGCUGGUGUGUAACGCGGGCCGGGGCCUGGUGGGGCCCCUGGAGGCCCAGACGACGGGCGCGGCGCGGCAGGUGCUGGACGUGAACGUGCUGGGGAGCGUGCACCUGCUCCAGGCCUUCCUGCCCGACAUGAAGCGGCGGCGCGCGGGGCGCGUGCUCGUGACCGGGAGCAUCGGGGGGCUGCAAGGGAUCCCGUUCAACGCGGUGUACUGCGCCAGCCAGUUCGCCCUGGAGGGGCUGUGCGAGAGCCUGGCCGUGCUCCUCCUGCCCUUCGACGUGCACCUCAGCCUGAUCGAGUGCGGCCCGGUGCGCUCGGCCCUGCAGGAGAAGCAGGAGGGGGGCCCGGGGGGGGUGCUGGGGGACGCCGACCCCGAGACCCGGGCCCUGUUCGCCCGGUACCUGCAGCACAGCGAGCGCCUCUUCCGUGAGGCGGCGCAGGAGCCCGAGGAGGUGGUGGAGGUGUUCCUGGCCGCGCUCCGCGCCCCCCGCCCCGCGCUGCGCUACUACAGCACGGAGCGGUUCCUUCCUUUGGCCCGGCAGCGGCUGGAAGACCCCAGCGGCUCCCGGUACGUGGCAGCGAUGCACCGCUUCGUCUUUGAGGAGGAGCCGGGGGCCGGGGGGCUGUCCCCGCUGGAGCCCUGAGCACGUCAGGGGUGGAUUUGGGGAGGUGGGGGGAAGCUCAUCCGUUCCCCCGACCCCCCCGGGGGGGGGGGGAUCCUUAAUAAAGCUCCGGUCCUCCUGCU